AUGUCAAACGAUAUCGAAUUUGAAGAAUUUCCUGUACCUGUGGCAGAUAUAAAUCGCAAGGUGCUAGGCCGAUUUCUACGGACAAGUGAUCGCCUCCACUUCGUCUCUGAUGAGGGAUCUAAUGCUUAUAAAGCUCAGUACUGUGAAUUAACUGAGAAGACUAGUCUGUACCCAAAUGUAAUUAUGAGAGGAACAAAAUUAAUAUUGAUGGAGGUAGGAAAUGUAAAAUUUCUGGAUUCUCUCAAUUAUUUUCCUAUGCCUCUAACUGCUCUACCCAAGGCGUUUGAUUUGAAAGAGCUAAAGAAAGGAUACUUUCCACAUCUAUUCAACACUUUGGCUCAUCAGAAUUAUCUAGGGCCAAUUCCAGCGCUCGACUUCUACGAUCCCGACCAUUUAAAAGAAGACACUCGGGAAAAAUUAUUAAAAUGGCAUGGCGAAAGAGAAGCGGAGGGAUACGUUUUUGAUUUUCAGAAAGAAAUCGUUGAAUACUGUAUCUCCGAUGUGGAAAUAUUGACACAGGCGUGUCUCAAAUUUCGAGACCUGAUGAAAACCGAAACCACAGUCGAUCCCUUCCAGGAAAGCACCACUAUUGCAUCAUGCUGUAACAAAGUCUUUAGACGCAAUUUUUUAAAACCUGAGACGAUCGGGAUUCUACCGAACCAGAACUUAUAUCACCCCGUUUUACCGUCAAAAAUGAACAACAAAUUGAUGUUUGUUAACUGUCAAAAAUGUGGUGAAGAUUUCGUUCGAGAAGAGUGUCAGCAUUCUAUUCAAGAAAGAAGCCUAAAAGGAACUUGGGUGAUAGAAGAGGUGCUCAAAGCUAUUGAAAAAGGUUACCAGAUUAUAGAGACUUACGAAAUAUGGGAAUACGAUACAAUUCAGCUCAGUAAAGACCAAGAGGGGUUAUUUAGCGGAAUGAUGAACAAGUUUCUACAAAUAAAACAACAAGCUUCAGGAUGGCCCAAACAUUGCUUAACGGAUGAAGAAAAAAACCGUUAUAUUGAUGCAUUUUUGGAUACAGAGGACAUAAAGCUGGAAUUUUCAAAAAUUAUAGAGAACCCCUGUUUGAGAUCGUUAGCUAAACUUAUGCUGAAUUCUUUUUGGGGUAAAUUUGCUCAAAAAGAAAACCAAAACAAAACCUCAAUAGUCAGAGACUGUGGUGAAUUCUUUGAUAUGCUGACUAAUCCUUCUAUUCAUGUAAAUACAGUUCUCCCGGUAAACGAAGAAACCCUUCUCGUAACUUGGGAAUUUAGAGAAGAGGCGUAUGACGUUUCUUCAACGGUUAACGUUGUAUUGGCUUCAUACGUCACGGCCCUAGCUAGACUAAAAUUAUAUUCAUUCUUGGAGAAAGUGGAAGAAAGGGCAGUUUACGUAGAUACAGAUUCAUGUAUUUAUAUCUCUCGUAAGGGAUUAGACGACAUAUCUACAGGCGACUUCAUAGGUGAUAUGACCGAUGAGCUCAAUGGGGGUUUCAUAUCAGAGUUUGUUUCUGGAGGACCUAAGAACUACGCCUACAAAUAUACUACUUUGUCUGGAGAGGAACAGAUCGUAUGUAAAGUAAAAGGCAUAUCACUCAACUACAAGGCAUCCCAAGUGGUCAAUUUUGAGAAAAUAAAAGACAUGGUGCUGAAGAAAUCUGAUCCUGUUUCUGUACUUUCUCGACAGCUACGACGUACAAGAGAGCAUGCAGUAGUAACAGUCGAGUUUCCUAAGCUAUACAAGAUAACUUCAAUGAAAAGGAAAUUCUAUGAAGAUCAUACCUCUGUACCAUUUGGAUUUAAGAAAAUAAAAUAUUGA